GGAUCUGGUUUUCAUGACAAAGCGAAUGUCCUCUGUACAGAGAGAUGUGUGGCUAUAAAAGAACCGGAGUGGGACGGCCUGAACCAGCACAGCUCCAACACUUUACCCCCCUCCACAGGCACUACUACCAGCCAAACCUCUGCAGAAUGGGUCGGAUCAUUUUCUACGAGGACAAGAACUUCCAAGGCCGACGGUAUGAGUGCGACAGCAACUGCUCGGACUUCCACGCCUACCUGAACCGGUGUAACUCCAUCCGUGUGGAGAGUGGAGCCUGGGUGGCGUAUGAGAGGCCCAACUUCAUGGGCUACCAGUAUGUUCUAACCCGGGGCGAGUAUCCCGAUUACCAACACUGGAUGGGUCUCAAUGAUCGCCUUUGCUCCUGCAAGAUGAUUCACUUUGUAAGCGGUUCUGAGUAUAAAAUCCAGCUCUACGAAAAGGGAGAUUUCGCCGGCCAGGUGCACGAGACAACCGAGGACUGUCCAUCCUUGGUGGACCGCUUCUGUACACGCGAGGUCCACUCUUGUAAGGUACUGGAUGGGAUCUGGAUCUUCUACGAGCAACCAAACUAUAGGGGGCGCCAGUACCUACUGGAGAAGGGUGAAUAUCGUAAGCCCGUGGAAUGGGGCGCCGUCAGCCCCAUGGUCCAGUCCUUCAAACGCCUGACGGAGUGACAUCCAUCUAAAUCCAUCCAUCCAUCUUAUGUCCUCCUCUAACUUCAAACCGCCAAACCACGACAGCACCAAUACACCUGUGCUGAGUCAAUAAACGUGUUGUUG